CUUUUCUUUUCCUGUUCUUCUCUACAUAAACAAUAUGCCAGCAUUUAUUCGUCCUACUACUCACUUUCUCAAACAAGCUAGAUCUUUUUCUGUUUCUGCCGCUCGUUCAGACUUAAACAAGAUCCAGUUGAUCGGUCGUAUUGGUGCUGAUCCUAUUACCAAUGAAACUGGGGAAAACCGUCGCGUCACCAACUAUACUGUCGCUACUUCAGAAACAAGACCUGACAAAGAAGGUAACUUGAUUAAACGCACCCAAUGGCACCGCGUUGCUUACUGGCAACCUGCAGAAUGGUUCUCCAAAGUUAAAAAGGGUGAUCAAGUGUAUGUUGAAGGAACACUUCGCUAUAAUGACUACACUGAUAAGGAGGGUGUUUCUAGAACCAAAGCCGAAAUUAAUCAAACUUCUUUUAAAUUAUUAAACCCUUCUCGCAAUAGCCAAGAGGAUGAUGAGUAAAAAAAAAAUUUUUAUUUGCAUGAAUAAACAAUUUGAGGAACUGUUUUGUAAACAUUUUAAAAGCCACAAACGAAAAGAAGCUGUGU